CUUCAAGCGGCAUAGCUGCGCCCUCAUUCUUCUCUUCUCGGACAGGACAGCAGGCAGAGGCCUUUCCCCUGCACUUCCACUCGAACAGCAAUGGCUGCGGCUCCGGUAUCAGCAGCGCAGGCCAUUGGGGAGUACUUGCAAUCCCCCGACGACCUCGUCAAGAUCUCUGCUUUUCGUAAGAAGCUCGAGAAGGAGAAAGCGUCGAUUGAUGCGCGACUGAAAAGCGGUAUGAAAGAGCAACUUCAAGCCACGCGGGAGGGUUUACGCAAAUUGUUGGGCACGAGGAAUAAUGUGCAAGCGGUGAAGGAUGAGAUGGCUGCUAUCGACAGCCAGUGUGCCGAUCCGGCCAAUGUAGUCGCCACUUUCGACCAAAUUAGUCGUGUAUCUAUGGUGCAUCGCAAUUUCGAGCAAACGGAGGAGACGGUGAACAACCUGUUGGCGAUGAACGCCAAACUCGACGAUCUUGAAGACAUGUUGGAGAAUGACAGCCAAGAUAUUCUAGGACCUGCUCCCAAUCUCCUCGUCAUUCACUAUCUCCUCAACCAGCUUGAGGCGUUCCGGAAUCAAACCAUGCACCAGGCCAAGAAAGCUUCUGCAAAGUCACGGAACACGUUAGCCAGGUACUUUGAGCGACUGAACAACGUGAUUGAGGCAUUCGACACCUAUGUCAUUGCAUUGGCCGGAAACACGCUCGAGCUGGUCCGAGCAGGACAUCCCGAUGUUAUUGUGAAGCUGAUCAAGAUUGCGGAGGUUGAGGGCCGUGAAGACGAAAAGGCCAUAGCCAUCCGACUGGUCAAGAAGGCUGCGAAGCUCGACGCAGCGUCCAAGUUCAAAUCACUCCAGGCCAACGCGCGAGUGAUCAAGCAUUACCGAUCCAAGUUCAUGAAAUCGAUUACGGAGUCAAUCAAGCUCAAAUUCGAAGAGGCGUACAAGCAAGACGAGCAAGAUCCGACGCAAUUCCUCAACUCCCUUGGAUGGAUGUAUCAGGACAUCAUCCGAAUGGAGUCGGAUGUCGUGCCCUGUUUUCCGCCCGAGUAUGAGAUCUAUUCUCUUUAUGUGCGGGAAUACCACAAGGCCUUGAACACCACUAUCAAGCAGCUGGUGGCAUCCGAGCCAGGCGCGAGCGUGCUGCUGACGCUCUUCGAAUGGCUGAAAGAGUACAAGAAAGACAUGAAAGAACUCGGUGUUCCUCCGGAGCUUCUCGAGCCGCCUUUGUUGGACGGCAAGGAGCAGUCGCUCAUCGAGGAUUACCUGAUGGUGAUCAUCCAGAAGCUCGACGAAUGGUCUGCCAAUUUGAUGAAGACGGAGGUGGAGGAGUUCAUCGCACGCCGAGAACAGCCGGAGAUUGACGCAGACGGCCUUUACGGGUCGCAAGGUGGUGCAGCGAUCCUGUUCCAGAUGGUCAACCAGCAGGUCGAUCUUGCAACGGAGAGUGGCCAGGGUGCCAUCUUGGCGCGGGUCGUCAGCGAGACGAAUCGGGUGAUGCGAGGCAUGCAGGAGCAAUGGGUCAAGGUUAUAGAAUCCGAGGCAAAGAAAGCGGCCGAGAAGCCUGAGGAAGCAGCUCCUGGUCUGGUGGAGUACGUCAUCGCUCUCGCCAACGACCAAAUCAAGUCCGCCGACUAUACCGAAGCCCUACUGGCUCGCUUGGAGCCACUAGUGUCAGAGAAGUACCGCGUACAGAUCAACGAGCGUUUGAACGAUGCUAUCGACGGGUACUUGGACGUAGCCAAGAAAUGCACCCAAACGCUGAUCGACUCUAUCUUCAAUGAUCUGAAGACAGCGACGAAGACCUUGUUCCAGGCGGCUUGGUACGAAGGGUCUAUGCGAGCGAUAGUAGAAACGAUGCGCGAUUACAUGGCCGACUACCAGCAGUUCCUGAACUCGUCCCUACUUGAAUUGCUCGUUGAAGAUCUCCUGGACGCCUUCCUAGUCAUGUAUCUGACCGCCCUGGCCAACUCUCCCAAGAUGAAGAUGCCCGCCGCCACUGAGAGGAUCAGAGAGGAUGUCAGCAUUACGUUCACAUUCUUCACUGGCUUCAAACCUGCCCGGGAGCUCGAGUCAUACUUUGACGUUGUCGAGAAGGUCCUCGGUCUGCUGGAAGCCUCCAAAGACCUUGUUUUCCUGUCGUAUUGGCCGUUCGCUCGCGUCCAUGGCCCCAAUCUAACAUUCGUCGAAUGUCUGAUGAAGGCUCGGGGCGACCUCGAUCGGUCAGGGGCAAACGAUAUCAUGGACAGCAUCAAGAAGAAGGUCAAAGACGAGGGCAUAACAGAUCCGCCGGAACCAACCAUCAUGAAGAAGAUUGCGAUCCAGAAUUCGUUCUCGAGGUUCCUGAAUCGUUAGAAGGGUGAUUGGACAGAUGUAAUUAUUAACACUUGUAUUGCUACGCAUUGUAAUCUACACACGACAUACAUUCUUGGAACUACCAUGGCAUUAGCCCGCACAGCGAGG